AAUAAAACUCACCAAAUGUUCCGGCUUCCAUCGGUACGUAAACGGAUGACCGAAGCUGAACGUGUUUUGGCAGAGAAGCGGCUGACACUUUGGGUAGAAGCUUGCGGGUUAGAGAAAAAUCCUGCUUCACAUCACCGUGUCUGCAGUCGGCACUUUGUGAACGGCAGACCAGCGAAAAGUUUCGAGACCGAGGACGUGGACUGGGUUCCGACGCAAAAUUUAUCGGACGAGAAGAUCUCAGCGGAGCCAGAUAUGACGAUAGAACGGGAAGAUGAAACCGAGAACGGAACUGAAACUGUACCCGAUGACCAGAAUCAUCACCAUAGCGAAAGUUUUGGGUGCUGCGUCGACCAACCCAAUCUUGUUAUUGAGAACGCAAUGUCGGAAUCCGAAGUGCAGAUGGAUCAGUUCCGUGAAACCAACCUGGAUGUUAAUCAAAGCGACGCAGAAUCAUCGUUCAAAUCGAUUGAUAGCGGUUGUGUAGAAUGCGAUGAGUCGUUUGCUAAUCAAUUCGAAGAUUCCACUUUAAUUACCAACUCAACCUUGAUGUGUAGGUGUGUACUGCAGAAAAUGAGUCUGGACAUCUUAAAAGCAACAGUGCCCAAGAUUAGCAAACCUAAAUCCUUGAAACGGUCUACACUAUAUGAACGAGGCCCUUACAUCCGAGGUGGCAAACGCAAAGCUGUUCAGAUACCAACUGUUAGUGCUUUGAAAAGCAGUUUUAUCCUAGUGAGAAUGCCCGUCGAAAAGAGCAACAUUCUUGAUUUUGUUGAACAGUUUCUAAAUAAAUAUUCUUCGUUAAUGCAUUGAAAACUUUUAGAAUUGAUUUUUUUUAAUUUUGAAACUCGAUAAAGAAUAGACAAAAGGAUGUAUAUUAGUGUCAUAAUACUCCGAUUCAUAAGCUCUUGUUUCUCCUUGUAGCUCACUCGAAGGCACUGUUGGCUUUGGCUAUUCCCACAAUCUUGUGAGAGAUAGUCAGCACUAUGAUUCAAUGAAUAACUAUUUUUUUAGCAGGAUUGCAGUACCGAUUGCAGGACACAAACUUCAAAUUGUAUUCCCGUAUGAUGGUAUCACUGGGACGAAUUCUCAGCAGACAACUUCACAAGCUGUAGAUUCGACGGCCGGACAAGCAUCAACUUUUAAGCAUGCCCAGAAGACCACGUACUAUAGUGAUGCAUGCGUGCAAACUGACCUAUGUAUGGAACGAGAAGUGCAGCAGUGGAAAAAUGCGAUUAGGCGGUAUGACAAAGAAGUUGCCUUCCUUCGGGCUCUCCGUGAGAAGCUGCAUCGAGACUUGCUCAUCGCUAAAAAUGCAAACCAGAUUACCGUCACUGCACUCGAGGCAAAUGACAAAAAGUGUUGCUAUUUUACAGGGCUGAGCUCUGGGCGUACGUUGAGACAUCUUUACGAGGCAUUGAAAGCAGAUCUACCAGUGUAUGAAACACUGGACAAAGAAAAAAUACUCAUUUUAAUGUUGCGAAAACUGCGUUUGAAUGAACCAUUUUGUACUCUUGGGUAUUUGUAUGGUCUGAACCAAACCGCGAUAUCGAAAUAUUUUUUUCGAAACGAUCAAUGCUACUAUACCGUUCUUGAAUGAGCUAGUAAGAUUCCCAUCUCGAACGGUUUUGAAGCAACAUAUGCCCUCUGCGUUCCGAAGAAAGUAUGGUGAUUCCGUUACAAUUAUUAUUGACUGCUUCGAGAUUAACGUCGAAUCACCAAAUACCAAAGCAAUGGUGGCCAGUGCGAAUGUAUUUUCGCAUUAUAAAAAACAUAAUACCAUUAAAGUCCUGAUAGGUAUUAGUCCAUCCGGUGCAAUCAUUUAUGUGUCAGAAGCAUUUGGUGGCCGAACGUCGGACAAGGAAAUGGUGAAAUCGUCAGGAUUCUUGGACAAGAUUCAAGAAGGAGACUUCGUGAUGGCCGAUCGUGGGUUUCUCAUAGAGGAUUUGCUGUGUCCGUUAAAUGCAUCCGUUGCAUAUCCAGCCUUCAAGAAGAAAAACAGUCAACUGGAACCACUUGAUGCCGUCCACUCCAGAGAACUUUCUUCGUUGAGGAUACACGUGGAACGCCUUAUUGGUUCGUUGCGCCAAAAGUUUUUAAUUUUGACCGAUAUAAUUCCAAUUACUAUGCUGCAACAUUGGAACAACGAUACUCCAGCCAUUGAUCAGAUUUUGACGAUUUGCGCUGCUCUUGUUAAUUUGUGUCCAACAAUUGUUCGUUCAGUUU